AAGUUGCCGGAUAUUGAUUAAACGGUCUCGAUGCUUCUCAUCCGAGAGCAUUCGCCAGCUGCAUACUUGUGAAUUCUCUGACUGAGUAAGACACAACGACAUAAAUGUAUUUUAUAAAGAUACUGCGUACUCGUAUUCAAUAAACAAGUGUAUUCUGAGUGAUCUCGCAUUUACCUGACGACCUUUAGCAACUCUUUAUCAAGGGUGGCCACAGGUUCAGAAGUCAGUCGCGAUAAGGACGAUCAGUGACACGGGAGGACCGUCUUAUUUCGCUAGUUGAUAGUGCGUUUAUGUUAUACAGUUGAAAGAAAAAGUUCAAUGCCGGCAUCUAAAUUAUGGAUACGUAGUGACUGACUGUGACAAGCAAGUUCUCCUUUGUAAGAAUCAUCGACGAGAGCGGCUGCUUCCUCCGGAUUCUGUUUGUUUAAGCGAAGCCAGGAUGUACAUUCAAAACGUUGGAUAAAGGCUGCUGUGAGCUUCUCCAGUGAUUUGUGAAGGGAACAUCUGCAACGAACGAGAUGGAUUCCACGGAAGAAGCUCCUGGAUGGGUGUUGGUGUUCACCUCGGUGUGUGCCAUCAUCAUCGCCGUUCUGGGAUUCAUCGGCAAUCUGCUCACAAUCUUGGCUUUACCAUAUUCGACGCGACUGAGGAACGCUGCCACAUGGUUCGUGGUGAACCUUGCAGUCGUGGAAGGUCUCUUCUGCGUCACCAUCCUGCCCAUGUCGGCUGCCCAUCUCUUCUCCCUCUAUGCCAACAAUCAGAAACUGUUCUCAUCGGAAGGAUGCAGCGUGUUCGUCUUCCUUCGUUACGUCAUCAUCCAGACCGAGCUGCUGUCCAUAGCAGCGAUUGCAGUUAACAGAUGUCUCCUCAUUGCCUUUCCAAGACAAUACCCAAAGAUCUUCACAACACCAAAAACCAUAGUAACCAUCGUCAUGAUUUGGGUUGUAUCAGCUGCACUGAUGCUCAUCCCAUUGCUGAAGAUAUAUGGAGAAUUCACCUAUAACAUUAAGACGAAAGAAGUGACUUCGGAGACUCUCAAGAAACGUUGGAAUGGUCCAAGGAAACUGUUCUUAGCUCUAGGAUUUCUCCUCCCAUGCGCUAUUAUCAUCGCUUCGUAUUCCUACAUCUUUUAUAAGGCAAGACAGAGUUCAGCUAAAGUAGAUAGGACAAGGUCCCAAUCAUUACUCAAGGGUUCCAUUAAUAGUUCAACUGAAGUCAGACCACCCCGUCCAGCUGAUGGGCUGAGGAAGCGUGAUAUUCGUAUUGCUAGAACUAUUGGCGUUAUCUUUCUUGCAUUCAUUAUAUGCUGUACCCCUGUUUCCAUAGCUCACUACUUCGAGCAGUUUCAUAAUCCAACACUCCUGCUGCUGUUGCACCCUUUGUACUGGGCUCAGUAUUGCAUUAACGUAUUCAUAUACGUCUUCAUGAACCACCAAUAUCGUGAUGCCUAUGUGAACUACAUCUCUCGUUGGUGGCCCAACUUUAAAGAGGUGACUUUCCGAAAAUUUAAAUGGCGAGAGGAACGCACAAGCUGUGAUAGUCAACGCCAGACUAGAGCUGCCACUCCCAGCAGUAAUGUGAGAUUUGCCACAAGGAAAGAAUCAAAAUCUAGUAUCAGAGUUCCCCCAGUCCCAUUAGUGGGGGUCACAAGUAAGAAACCAACGUUAGAAACAUCACCAGAAGUUGUGGACACAACCCUUUAAUGAACUUGAAUGAUUAGAGCCUGGUGAUAUUCUGCUCAUGGGAAUCUUCAGCAAUCACUCCACCUACAAAGUUCAUUCCUGGUUCUCUGUAAAGUGGAGUAUAUGUAUUUUGAAUGUGUCAGGACACAAUUGUGUGCAUUCUUGGGUGGUAAUUGGAGAAUUUCCAAAGUCUAUUUGCAAUAGUUAAUAAGAGUUGGGACAGUCUCAAAUGAAAGAUAUUGUGCAUGUCUACAAAAAGAAACCAGUGCAAGAUCCUGUAACAAGCAGAUACUAAUGACUAUGUUAAAGACUCGGCUCUUUGAUUAUUCUAGUGCCUUCAAAUAGGUGCUGCUGUGAUGCUCACUUUUACAAUAGUGUAUAGAGUACAUGUUCUGUGAUUAAUCCUUAACCACAAAGAGAAAAUGAGGUUAUGAAAUGAAUUAAGGGUGCUGUAAAUGAGGAAUUACAAAUAUAUGAAUUUCAAUGGUGUUCUGACAUUCAGAAAGUGUACCAUUCUUACAAGUCUCUCUCAAAAAGUGAUUCCCCUUUUUAAGCUCUUAAUUGCAUGUAUAGGUUACAAUGAUUAAUCUGAUUGCAUGAAUUCUCCUGUCCACAGACUUCAACUUUUAUUUGGUUACCUGUAUGUCUUAGAUGUAAGGGGGACUAACAACUGGUAUCCACUUUUGGAUGUAUCGAUAAUUAUUGAUUACAUGUCCUGGUACUUUAUAUGUAAAUAGCAACAUAAAAAUUAUUAUCAAGUAGUCUAGCUGAACACCUGAGUGAAAAAAUCUUGACUCAUAGGGUUGUGUCGUCAUUUAAAAGAGUUUUACAAAGUAAGUGCCAUUCAAAGAAAUAUUAAUCCCGUAACCUAUGACUUCCAUAGUUCCAGCGUAAUGCAGGCUUAAGAUAAUUCUCUCAGACCUGUAACCUGUUCUUAAUUUGAUUGCGUUCACUCCCUCAAUCUCAAGUCUUUCAUAUUUGUUCUUCUUUUGCUGGUCUUCUGUUGGGAAUAGUCAUGGUCAUUAUUUUUUCGCAAGAAAAUAUGAUUCAUACCCUCAUCAUAAGUAUCUCCCCUUACUCUAGGACUGAGUUUUGUUUAGUAUUUUAAUUCAAGACCUCAAAUAAAAAAUAAAAAAAUAUUUUCUUUACUAUGAAGAAAUAAUUCAAAUCAUACAAACUGUAUUAGCAAAUUAUUUUGAUUUGCAUGCAUGUCCUUUAUAUCUUGCAUACUACAUAAAAUAAUGUACUAGAAUGGACAAAAUUUUCAUUAUUGGUCAGUAUAAGGUUGUGUAUGUGUUUCAAGAAUAAUUUUUGCUGUUGUGGCAUGGGUACUUUGCUUCACUGAUGAUUUUAUGAUCAAUGUAAUAACUGAGAUAUCAAAAGGUACUGUACUCAGCUUCAUUGCCAAAGUUCUAUAAGUUUUCGUGUAUAAAUAGUCAAGAAAAAUAAUUUACUAAAAUUUCCAUUUAUUAAGAGUUAUGUAUAUGCAAAACAAAGGGGUUUUCAUUGUUAGAACAUAUUUUACGAGUUUCAAAAGUAAAUAUUGUAUUAUUUGUGUUACAUUAAUCAAACAGUACAUAUUUUAUCUAGUUUUCUUCAUAAAUUUUCUUAAACUUCCUUUAUGAUUAAAUGUACUGUAGAGGGUACAGCCUUUCAAAGUAAAAAAAGAAUAUAUGAUCAUUCACUCUUAAUAAAACUGUGCUCUAGAUUUGGUUCUCCUGGAGAGCUAAAUGAAACAUUCAUUGCAAACUAUGCGCUGUACAGUGUCAAAUUCCUUUCCAUUUUUUUAAUAAUAUAAAUACAUGUUCGUCAAGAUACAAGAAGUUUGUAUUCUAUAAGUGAACCCAAUAUAAAAUUUGGCCUUUAAAUAUUGUUGCAAAAGGAACAAAAUGUGACUGACUUAUGUUAGACAAAGAUUUGCUGUCCCAAAUAUAAAAACAAUGCAAUACUUUCAGGCCUGAAAUAUCAAAAGGACAAAGUGGUGAAGGGACAACAGUCUUUUGUCUUUGAUGUAAGAUUAUAGUUUUGGAUAAUUACAAAUUAACUGUGCCAAAGACUUGGCAUAUGCAUUUUCUCUAUGAUGUCUCUGGGGAUUAUAUAAGGGCAGUUACAUAUCUGAAAUCUGCAAAAUUGUAGGUUUAUUAUUGUUAAGUAAUCUUUUGCGUUCUCACAAAGGUAAAUGCUCACUGG